UUUAGUAAGGUUUGAUUAAAGCAAGCGCAUAUGCCCACGUCUACGGCUAUACUAUCCUUGAAGAAGCACCUAACCGGGUGAGUUGGGGCCCAAACAUUCAUUUUUAUCAACGCAUGACUUGUUCUUCAAUUGUGUAAGGCCACCUCAAAACUCAUCUCCACCGCUCUCGCUCACCUCCUUCUCGGCUUCUCUCAUAUUUGGAUUUCCCAGCAACGCCUUUCAUUCUCUCCGCGAGCAGCCAGGUUCAGCAGCCUCUACUAAGCCAAGGGUAUCCGUGUGUAUGCAUCACUUCUCAGUGCCAAGUUGUAAAAGAGUCCUGAUCACGUACCUGGUCAAACUGCUGCAAGUUGCAAAGGAUUGAAGACUAAGUGUUCUUCCUCUUAAGAUAAAAAUGGAGCUAAUGACUCAUUCUUCACUCUUUUUCCUCCCAAACGCUCCUGCUGCUGAUGGCCAUGCUCUAACUUAUGCACUCGUCAUCCUCAACCAACGCCUCCCACAAUUCACUCCACUACUCUGGAAAGCAGCACAGCUACAUGUUUGCGCUGACGGUGGAGCGAAUAGAGUUUUUGAUGAAUUGCCUCACUUCUUUCCUCAUGAGGAUGUCUCUGAUGUUCGUAAGAGGUACAAACCAGAUGUCAUAAAAGGGGACAUGGACUCAAUUCGAGAUGAAGUUCGAGACUUCUAUUCUGGCCUUGGAUCAAGAGUUGAUGAUGAAUCUCAUGAUCAAGACACCACAGAUUUGCAUAAAUGUAUUGCUUAUAUUCAUGACUUGCCCAACCUGAAAAACCCAAAUCUGUGCAUUCUCGUUGUUGGAGCACUUGGUGGGAGAUUUGACCAUGAGAUGGGUAACAUCAAUGUUCUCUAUCGGUUUGCAACUACACGAGUUGUUCUUUUGUCUGAUGAUUGCCUCAUCCAGCUUCUUCCAAAUACACACCAUCACGAGAUUCAUAUCAAUCCCUCCGUUGAAGGCCCACAUUGUGGUCUCAUUCCCAUUAAAAUGCCUUCUGCGAGCACGACAACCACAGGACUUAAGUGGAAUCUGGCUAACAGUGAAAUGAGAUUUGGGGGCUUAGUCAGCACGUCAAACAUUGUCAAAGAAUCUGUCGUCACUGUCCAAUCUGAAUCUGAUCUGCUUUGGACUAUCUCUAUUAAAAAAGAUAUGAGCAUUCAAUGAGCUUUUGCCGCAGAUAGCACAAACCACACUGUCUUCAAUACUAGAUAAAGAUGCCAAUGCUGUGUUUUCCUAUCACAUGAUUAUGUUGACCAACACACCUAAAUUCAUGGAUCCAUGCGUGGAACUGCUUUGUAUUGAUUCAGGAAAAGUGCAGCAAAUGCUGGCAUGUAAACUUUAUGCACUCUGCCCACCAUUUCGUUUGGAAGGUUUAGUGAAAGGGGUGAAAUUUUGUAAAAAGAUGCCUUUAAGAAAAAUAAGUUUUGUACUAUUUUUACUAAGUAUUGUGUUCUGUGAGAACUGAGAAGAGCUUUGGUGAUCCCAAGUGUAGCAUGUUAGACACAAGCUUAUGUGUGAUUCUGUUAUAUGACUACCGUCCAAUCUGGCAUUCUAUGUACAAUUCUCCCGAUCAAAUUUCCAUCAUUGCUAUUAAGCUGUACAAUAUUACCAG